CCUCCCUCCACGUAAUAUUCAGGAUGUUUGGGAAGGGGUAUUUUUCUUUUAAUAGGAUGGCGUAGUCACAAAGCUUUAAAGAAAUAAGUGAGUGAAUCGUCUAUGGUAAUAGCAACAUACUCCGGACGGGGCACAGUGACGAAGUUCACAUCUAUUUUUAAGCCUGCCUGGCAGCAUGUAGGUGCAGAACAGAGCCCAUGACCCUUUUUGCUGUUCCGAAGCCAUGGACAUGGCUGCUCUCUCUGUUCCUGUUCACCAUCAGAGCUGUUUUUUCUCCCUAACGAAUACUAUGGGAAGACAGAGAAGCCUCAAGCUGUUUUGAAGAUUGUGCAAUGAUGCUUGGGAGCCUACCUGCUUUUGCUUGAGUGCUUUCCUCACUCAUAUUUCACAGGAUGCGACAGGAAGGGAAAUACAAUCGAAUCCGACGGCCGUGGUAAAUUUGACUCGAAUUCUUCGUACGCCCUGGGGCUGAGGUGGGGGCCUCUCAGAUAAGCAAUCUAAUCAGCUUUGCAUUUGUGUCCCAUCUGGAAACAGAUUGUUGCCGGAGUACACCAGCACCUGAGAAGCAAGCUUCAGUUAAUUCGUUCAGCCGAGGCGAUUUCAUGCCAGAAUGCAGUCCUCAAACAAGAAGGACGAUUGCACUGCCUGUGGCACGCAUAUGCAUGGUGCCUGCCCGGCAGAUCGGCUGCUGCGACAAAGAGCCAUGAACCACCCCAGACAUAUGGGCAAGAUAAGGAAGAGGCUGGAGGAUAUCAAGAACCAGUCCCCGAUGUUGACAAAAGUGGACUUCAGCCACAACGAAAGCAUAAGAUUGGCCACCGACGCCUUCUUGGAUGGUGGGACAGACUCCUACCUCGAAACUCUAAGCAGAGAGGGUGAGGUGGAUUUCCUCUCCUCGGUGGAAGCUCAGUACAUCAAGGAUAACGCCCGGGAGUCUUAUUAUGCACAGGAGUCCCCAGGUGCCGACGGGGCAGCCGCGCCAAAGCAGAACGACGCCGGCUCACUGCCUUCGGGGACCUACUUCCCCACCAUUUCUGACAGCAGUGAGCCCGCUCUGCUCCACACAUGGAUUACUGCAGACAAGCCCUAUUUAAAGGAAAAAUCCACGGCCACUGUGUAUUUCCAAACAGAGAAGAACAGCAACAUUAGAGACAUCAUACGCCGGUACAUCCACAAGACCACUCAGGUCUUAGCCAUUGUGAUGGAUGUGUUCACAGACACCGAGAUUCUCUGUGACCUCCUGGAGGCAGCCAACAAGCGCAUGGUCUUUGUCUACCUGCUGCUCGAUCACAGCAGUGUAGAUCUUUUCUCGGAGAUGUGCGACAAGUUGCAGAUUUCUGAGGAUCUCUUCAAGAAUAUUUCAGUCCGCAGUGUUACUGGAGAAGUUUACUGUGCCAAAUCAGGCAGGAAAUUUUCAGGAAAAAUUCAAGAAAAAUUUCUUAUCUCUGACUGGAGAUAUGUGCUCUCUGGAUCUUACAGCUUCACGUGGCUGUGUGGCCAGGUUCACCGCAACCUCCUCUCCAAGUUCACGGGCCAGGUUGUGGAGCUCUUUGACGAGGAGUUCCGGCACCUGUACGCGCUGUCCAAGCCCGUGCGGGGCCCCAAGACCCCGCCGCGCAGCCUCCCCUUCCUGUUCAGCCGGAGCUGGGCCCCGCGCAGCCUCCCCUACAGCGACGAGGGAAGCGCCAACACCCUGUCCGACUUCAGCAGCCUCUCAGCUGGGAGCCCCCACCAGGGCAAGCAGACCCCAGGAGCUCUCAUGUUCAACAGCAACUUCAGCCCCCAGUCGCCUCUCCACCGAGUCAAUUCCUUCCACAGCUAUGUCUCAUUCACUCCCCCGCCUCCACAGAAGGCCAUCCAGCCUAACUACUAUCAGCCACACUACAUGGCCGAAAACUCCCCAGUUCCCUAUAACAACCUGAACAUUUACAGACCUAUAAGGCUCAGGCAAGAGGAACCGAACAGGACAGGGUUAAGCUCAUCCUGGAGAUGCCUCCACAAAGCUAACCUGUUUGCAUAAUAACCACCUUGUUUGGAAAUCCAAGUAAAUGUAGCGAGGACCUGUUUAGCAAUCACUUGUGUACUGAUGAAUAUUGAAAUUCUGUAUAAUACAAAUGAGGAUGAUUUCAAGCCUCUUGUUUUGUUGCUUAUGGAUGCUUCAUUUCCCUGAUUGAAAAGCUGAGGCUGCUAAUGUGUGAACCUCAGGUGCAUCAGGAUCCCAGGAAGAACACAUCUGAAUAGUGCUGCUCACAGUGCAACACUGCUGCUGCCUGUCACCUGCCCCUGGCGGCAUAUUUGUGUACCAGAAGGACAGUAACUGUUUCUUAUGUCCAGGCAACUGAAAGGGGGUAAUGCACAGUUUUACUACUAUGCAUUUUGUGCACUUGAAUAAGGAGACUGAAGGCUGCUAUUUCUGUGGCAUA